UAUUUUUUUUUAUUUCUUCGACACUUACAUUCCCUCAACGUGUAAAUAUAAGCGAUGUAAGCUGCUUCGGACGUAAGAAAGUAGGGAGGGGAGGGGGGAUAAAAAAUAGUGCACCUUCCGCGCUGUGGGAUUCGAAACUUGCGCUUCGACCGCAUAUCUCGCGAAACCCCGUGACCCAGAAGUCGAAUUUGUUUUGACGGCCGCGUAGCGGUCGGGCAGGAACGUCUCCGCGCGCGACACUUCACGAUCCGAUUUCGACCGGUCUAGGAACCGGCCGGACCGCGCCGAGCGGGCGCCGAUUUGCAUUUUAUCGCGGGAGAUCGGCCGCAAAAGUGGAACGAGUCGUUUUUGCGUGAGCCGCGAAACAGAGUGUGAAUAAAUUCCGAGCCCGCGUUUCCCGGCCGAGAUGUGCCACUUCGGGCUUAAUUGCGCUGUGAAUGGGCGGACGAUAAAUGCGAUCGCGCUGAUAACGACGCGUGCCGCGCGUAUCAUCGCGGUGUCACCCCGCGCAAAACGCGCGAUAUCACCCGAGUAUGCCGCACUGAUCUCCAUGACCUCGCUGCGCUCCAAUGUCGGCGGAUGGAACACCCGGAAAACAUUAUGUCGAGUUACGAUAUGGAAAAACGCAACUGAAAUUAUCUCUCGAACGAGGCAUCUGCACGCAGGAGCCGCGAUACAAAUACGACGUCCGUCUGUUUUGCAUAAAGAGAUGCACAUAUAAAACUCCUCAUCCUUUUAUUAACUUCUAAUUGCAUAUCGCACGAUGCUCCGUCUAGAUUCUAUUUUUAACUCUUACAAUACCGCGUCUCGCGGCGCUAAAACAAACGCGAACGAGCAGGGGAGAGUCAGGGAGUCGCUUCGCUAAUAAAGCGAAUUACGCGAAUCAAGGAUAAUGACGCUUCCGUGGAAUCUUUCUUCCGCAAUCUUCGAACGUAAAGCACGAGAAGAAGAAACGGAGACGAGCUGUAGAGAGAAUGUCGCGCAAGCUACGGCACUGGCGAACGCGGACCUCCACGCUGGGGCAGCUCGUCGCGAGGCGGAGGGGACCUAAUGGGUCCCUUCCCUUUUCGCCGUCUCACUCUAUUCACCUUCUCCUCCAACGACCCAUCUCUCUCUUUCUCUCUCUCUCCUCCGUCUUGCCCUUCUCGUCCGCUACGGGUUACUCUCUCACGCGAUACCACGACGAUACCGGCCGCGAUGCACACCUACGCUCAACGAUGGAAGGUAGCGAGACGGACCCCGAGAGAGGCGGUUAGAUUUGAGCCCAAGGGUUUGUUUCAUAACAUGACAUGGCUCUCUUAAUAACCACAGUCGUGUUGAUUACACGGGGGAGAAUUUUCUCUCCGCCCUAACAUUCCUUUUUCGCGCUAACAUUUAAAUUUCCUCGUUGUUCUUAUGGAAAUUUUGCAUGGCGAAUAUUUGAACAAUAUUGAAGUUUUGAGUUCAAUAGCGCGGAAAAAUAUAGACCUUUAUCUAUGAUAGAUUAUAUUUGUUAAUUAUGCUGAAAACAUUUAUUUUCGCCUUGGACAUUCUUCUUGCGUGAUUCUGACUCACGAUUUUUCUUGUUGUAGAAAUUUUUAUACGGCGAAAGAUUGAACAGUUAUAGAUUUUUUUCAGUAGUACGAAAAAACAGACUUUCAUCUGUGAAAGAUUAUAUUUUAUCAUUUUGCGUUAGUAUUUUUUAUCAUCAUGUACAUGGUAACGAGAAAUUACGAGAGAUUAUGAUAUCUGUGCUCCAUUGAGACGCGGAUGUCGACAUGCGGAUUAUCGCUAACGUUCCUUGUCCCACAAAUCCCAGAAAGUUCGUAUUUAUCGCAAAUCGCAUUUGCGUCGAUGCGAAUAAUGCGCUCGCGAAAUAAACGUAUUCGCGGGUAAUUAACUGUUACACCUGCGCUGAAUAUGAUGUAAAGAAAAAGAGCGGUAUGUGACGGUUACCGUGAAGUGUGGCGUGAGUCUUGUAAUUCCAUCGCGUCACGGCGAAAUCGGCUUACAUAAACUUAAGCAAUCUCGGGCAACUGUAUUUAAUUAGGACUCGCCGGCCAAGUAGAUCUUGCCGUAAUUGAAUGGUUCUAUAAUCGUGAUAUCACGUUUCUCUUUAACGAGUUCUACGAAUUUGUCGUCGAACUUGAUAGCUAAGAUAAAAAGAAACAUACGAAUAUUCACGAGAAGCGAGAAUUAAUGAUAAUAAUUGUCUAAUCCUCCAACAUUUUUAGGCGUUCUCUAAAAUCGAAAAGCUCGAGAGAUUCUCCUCUGGAAUGUAGAUUCUCAUUUCCGAUAUCUCGAACGGACGGAAACCAGCUUGGAUAACGUCGAGACGCUGUGGAAUGCGCCGUGAAAAUAACGCGGGAAAAAUAACAUCCCUGAGAAGAAACUCCGGCUGUCUACUAGCGACGCUAGAAAGUGUGACCGCGACUUUCCGUGAGGUUUAGAACGGCAGCCGCUUUUUCCCCAGAUCUCCCGAUUUUACGUAACGCUCCGUGCGAUCUAAACGCCCGCGUCGCGUUUUCCCUAUCCGAUCGGGGACUGACACGGCGCGGAUCACUACGCUAAGAUCGCUAAGAGGCCGUGUUCAGUCUUCGCCACCGCCAUCAACCGCAGGCCCUCUUUACAUUUACCUCUGCUCCCUCUUGAUGCCCUCCACACAUACACAGCAUAGCCACUCAUUUAUUCACUUACUCAUUCCCUCGCUCACUCAUCCACUCGCUCACUCACUCACUGACUCACUCGCUCGCUCGCUCGCUCACACGCAAAGCACACAUUCACUAACUACCUGACGAGAACUCGAGCUCGACCAGUCACGUGGCCACCGAUCGCGAAGGAUGUUUGCGGGAUCGCCAAGUCAGUCCGCGGCGGUCGGUUCGUCGAGAAAGAGAGGAUAGAAGCUCGAUCGGUUGAACGAAGUAGGGAGAGACGAAGGAGGAGAUACUGGAUCGCGGAGAUACCGCCUGGGGUCUCGGGAUCGUCUCUGCUCUAGCUCUACCUGUCCGAAGGCAUUCGGUGCGCGUCGCUUCAGGUUGUUUCUCGCGGGUUCGUGGCGUACGACAGCGACAGAGUGUUUUCGUGAUUGGUUUGCGGAAAAGCAGAAUUAAAAACAACGAAAGGAAGAAUUCUCGAAUGCUUCCUUUCGCUACUUCCGAGCCGAUAGCGCUUUGGAGUGUUAUCGUAAAGGAAUAUUGGUUGGGAGACAAGUGUUUUCCUGAUUUAUUGGUGCGUUAGAAAACGAUGCCGCGAGGAUCGCGUGGCAUUUUGGUGCGCUGAAAGGUAGAGAAGACGCGAUGUGACGUCGCACGGGACGUCAGAGGUGACGGUGAAGGCGCAGGUGUGAUGUGCGAUUUAGGAUGAAGUGAUUUACACCGAGAAAGACGUCCUCGCAUUCUCCUUGUUUGAAAUAAUAAUACGUGACGUUGGGUAUUUCAGUGUUAUCGCGUGUUACGACGAUAAGAAGAUGUACUCGUUGAGCAACUUUUCGCUUCACCGAUGACAAAGAGAGUUGGAUUAUUUUAGAUUUUGGAAAGGAUCGAGAUCGAGAAAGAAACAAAAGGGAGAGAAAGGCGAUUCUGCGAUAAAACCACCAGCCACCAGCUAGAUACCGAUACACUCAUGAUCAACAUCGUUGCAUCUGUUCAACAGUUGGUGCACGCUGCGUUUUGCAGUAUGCGAUAGAAAGUUUAUUCGCGUGACGGGAUAAGCCAGGUUGCUGCCUUCGCAAGGAGAAGCAGGAUCGUCGGGAAGUCUACUUUUGUACACUCUUCGCAAAAAGAGAGCACGAGCGAUCGAGAUAGAAAGGCGAGUAUCGAGGCCAGAACAGCAUCUCGAUGAUCGAACUGAAUGGGACCCGAGGAGAAAGGAACAAAACGAGCAACUUUUAUAGAAAAUUGAAGACCGCGUGCCGGCCACGGGAUCGUUAACGAGUCGAUGUAUCCGGAGAUAUUUACGAGAUGUAGCCUGCAACUGCGGAAUUGUAUGCAAAAGCGCAUCGGCGCGAUUUCGCAAACGCGACUCAUUGUGCGGUUGCGGCGCGCUCGCCAACGGGAAGGAGAAUUUCGGAGAUUGGAGAGAUGACCAAGCCGAGCUUGGAGCCACUAGCGGACACGUGCGCGUAAAAAAGAACACUACGUACGAUGCGGUACCCGCGGAAUUGUAUGCAAAAUUACACUGGCGAUAUCGCGGGGGCAUCGUGAUCGCGACCCGCUUGCGAAUAAAGAGGACGACGAGGUGGACUCGAGGGAACGAGAAACGUUGGGAGAAGGAAACAGUGAGUCGAGGGUAUGCGGCAAGAUUGCGGUGAUUUCGCUGGCGCAACAGUGCAGAAGCAUGCGCAACAUUGCACAACGCUCUUGUCAUCCCUAAUAGCUCUCACCCAUGCCCACACUCGUUCGUGCGUUUCGGACGGGCAGCGAUUUUGACGAAACCGCAGCACAACGCGCGCGUGUCUGAAACAACGUUGUCGGUGCAGACGCGAGGUACAAGAAGGAACACUUUCGCAGAAACACUCGGCUGUUAUUAUCGCUUUAUCUGCCUGCGCACCCGGUGAUUCAUCGCGGCGUUUUAACAGCGGAAUCAAAUAUUGUCGUCAUAAAUAUUGAGGUGGCUUUUAUUCCUGAGGAAUUCGCCUCGGGAUACGUCGGAAUUUCACGAACGUCGCCGGCGCGAAAAGCAUCGCGUUUACCGAGUACACAAAAGCCUUGUUCACCGAGUACAUCACGGCGUUUUAUACAUUCCACUCAAAGACGACGGUUUGCGCGCGCGCGCGCGCGCGCGAUAAAGACGAUGAUAAACGUUGCCUGUUAUCUUGUGAAAAGCUUUACGGAGCGGAGUGUUCGUCUCUCACGUGCCGGGUGAAGGUACCUCGCAUUACCACUGACAUUUAGUCGUUGCGAAGUAACGCCGAGCGUUACCUUUAUGAAAUUGCGGUUGGGCGCGAGCGGGCCAGUCGAUCGAGAAACUAACGGGCUGCCGAUGAUAAUCGCAAAACUAUCUUCCACUUGAAAAUUCCGUCACGGACUCGUUCAUCGACUUGGUCACGCCUCCGAAUGACGCAUAUAUUUUUACAGUGAACAGUUCGAAAUUUAGUCUCACUGUGAGUGCACGAAAUCGCCAACCGGUGUGAAACCCUAUGGAUUGACCAAUAAAAGUGAUGAAUUAUUAUCCUGAGAGAAGCUGAUUUCCAAUUUAACGUCAGUAAUUAUACAUUAAAGUGCCGCAUACACCUGUCGCGUAUACUUUCAUUAUUACACGAUCGAAAUCGUGUCACCGUCGAGAAUGGUAGUUGGUUAGAUCCGAAACGAAAAACAGCGGAAUGCAGCUGGCAACCAGUCAGAGGCCUCAUCCGCCUCCGGUGCCACCUCGGCCGAGUCGGCAGGUGGUUGCAGAGGCCCUUAAGAGAUCGCCAAGGCCGCCCUGUCCCACCAGACAAGCCCCACCGCCGCCGAACACGAAGCCCUGGAGAUCUAAUCAGCAGCAACAGCAACAACAACAUCAACAACAACAACAGGUGUCCCCAACAGGCGGACGUACUAUCGUGUAUGAAUCCACCAAAGAGUGUGCAAAGGACGAAACAGUGCUCAACGAUAGGAACCAACAAGAUCGCAAGCAGGGCCAAGGCGCGACGAUUGACGACAGAAACGCUGAGGACAGCUGCUCAGAGAAUCCUACGGAUCGCCGCAAGUCGAACGACGGCAAGAUCUUAGCCUCGUCUCACGAUCACCAACACCAGCAAUAUGAAGACUCGAGUGGCGGCGUCUCGGAAAAGUCUCAAGCGCUUCAUUCCAUGGGAAAUCUCGUGGGUAACGUGGUACGUAAGCAAAACAGCCUGACGGAAGACCAACGACCGCGCAGGCCGUCGGAGAUCCGAAGAAACUCCCGCGGAAAGGAUCAGAUUAAUCCACUGGAUCAUCGAAGUCGAUGCAAAGAAGACGCGAUAGCUCCUGCGGAGAAGGUCGAAGCGGCGGUUGUCGGCUCGAGAGACCGGGCUGAGGCUACGUCGAGAGCCCCGCCGGUGGCUGCCAGGACCAACGUAUCAUUCGAGGAGGAAUAUCGCGCGUCCUCCAGUCCGGACACCGGCGGCGGGCGAGUCGCGGUGAGUCACUCAGAAAAAUGCAGCGGCAGUCCAGAGAGAGAGGCAAAUGGGCACGACUCUCGGCCGACGCCCACGUGCAGAUUGUGUCCUGGUGAGCAGCAGCAGCAGCAGCAGCAGGAAGCGUCCUUGGCGAGUGAAAAGGCUAUCAGAAACGGCGCCGAGGUUGCAAUCGAAAGAUCAGGCCCGACAAACGGCGCUCCGAGCGUUGACCGCGCCACCACGGUGCUGGUCGUCGACGACGAAGCAGAGCGUAAAAUCACGCUCGACGACGAGGACAACAAUGACAAUGACAGCGACAAUAAUAUCCAUCGGCAGGACUGGCUGGAGGCGGGGGUCCAUUACUCCUCCACGCAGAUCACCCUGCACGGCGACGGCAACGGUGACACCGUCGACGGGGAUCGUAUUAACGGCUACGAUCAUCGCGAGGAGGAGAGAAUUACCGACCUUGAUUUCAUCAGUAUACAAGAAAGGAUUGCGAUGUCUUCUCUGCAAGGAUUACCCCCGUUACCGAGAAGUCUGAGCGGCUUCAACCUGAGCGGCGGACGUAGCGAGAACGGAGAGCCACCUCCACCGCCCACGAGGUCGUCCAGUAAAUCCCAAAGAGGCGGUAAAACGUCGGUGCAGUCGUCGUCGAGGCCGUCGCCACCUGCCAGGCAACUCACCACCCUGGAUACCCAGUUGGCGGUGCUCAGGAGAGAAAUGUUCGGCUUGCGGCAGCUUGACCUCUCGCUACUGUCCCAGCUGUGGUCCCUGAACGAGUCGAUUCAAGAGUUCCGGCAACUACUGCAGGAACAGGAAGACCGAGCACCGUCGCCGUCGCCUAGCAGCGAAGAAGGAGACGACACGUCCUACGGAGCGCAUCCGCCGCCACCGCCGAGGCGGCCGGCGCCCACGCUGCACCAUCAUCGACCGCCGCGACCACCCAGGCCACCCAGGCCGUCGCCCAGUGACGAUUCGCCGUCGAGUGAGGAGUACGGGGCCGUUUGACGUAUCGUCACUGAGAGAAAGAAGCACACGAGGCGAUCCCGGUCGUAUCAACGUCCUUAGAACAACAUCCUGGACCGAUUGCUUCGAGGGAAAGUCUCGAGAUCGAGAGAUCAAUGUGGAAACAGAAACAGACAACGACGCCGCAAUCUCGAGCAUUUCUUUGCCCCAUGAACUCCUGACCUAUGGUCAAAAGUUGUACGUGCGCGCGAUGUGAUGUCCUGCGAAUCGCGAACUAUAUAUUGAUCCCUGCUAAAGUACCUGCGACAUUACUCGGAGAACCAUUCGAGAUUGCGAUCUAUGAUUCCCCUUUUCUUUCCCUAGUUCGCGAUUAAGACUGACGAUCGUACCCGACCUGCGAGUUGGGUUAACCGCGAUCGCGCGAACGAUGCUGUUUACACGACUAUCCGGAGAAGCCAAGUCGCUUCUCGCCAAGCGUCGCUUGAGGAGCCAUUUGAAAUUGUGAUCAGACAUUGUUUCAGCACUUUUGACACGAGGACCGAUGAUCGAGUCGACUGGACGACAAAAAGACUGCAUCGUAGCUCAGCCGGUAUUGCGCGAAGCGAGCUUCGCGUAUGUAUGUGCGAUAGCAAUCGCUUCACGGCCCGGGGAAAGAGUGUCGAUUUGCCAAUCUGCGACAACGACGUUCUGCGUACGUGCGCGUCGCGCUCUGGACAAGGAAGGACUCGAUUGCCGCGAGUGAGAGAGCUGAUUUCAGCUCGGCGCACACUCCUCUCCACUUGUGAUAGCGCUCGAAGGGGCCUUUGAUUAAUUGAUAAUCGCGUCCGUUUGUGCGGAUUAAGAUUCCUCCGAGACUUCGCUCCGCCGGGGAGCGACCGUAACCGAUCCGAGCCCGCUGCACCGCGCGAACCUUCGAGGCUCGCUAGCCAAAUAUUGUUGGCCCUUAUCCCUUUUACUCCUUCGUGUUUUUUAUACCGUUGCGUCCGUCGCUAAGCUUAUCUUCCCGGUCGAUGUCGGACCACCGGCGCGGCCAAAUCGCCGUACACGCGGAGAAAGAUAAAAUGUCGUGAGGAACCUAAUAGGCGGGAAACGCGCGAUUUCCGAUAAACCUUACACGCGUAUCGCCUGCCGACGCCAACUUGAGCAUCCACGUGUACGGCGUCCUCGGGUAAACUGAGAUUCUCAAUGUUCCGCGACGCUCUUUCGCGUAGAUUAGCUUGAGCUGUGUGUAAAGAUACGUAAGAUUAUGCAAAAUAAAUGAGACUUAAUUUAAAUA